GCUGCCUGCGCUCAGGGCUCGGGAGGGGGCCGCGGAGGAGCGGUCCCCCGCGCCCGGCCCCCGCCCGGCGCGCCCGGGCCCGCGCCAUGGGGCUCUGGCUGCCGCCGCCCCCCGCGCCACCGGGCUAGGGCGAUGCGGGCGCCCCCGGCGCGCGGCCCCCGCGGGCACCAUGAGCCCUCUGCUCCGCCGCCUGCUGCUCGCUGCGCUCCUGCAGCUGGCCCCCGCCCAGGGCCCUGUGUCCCAGCCUGAUGCCCUCAGCCACCAGAAGAAAGUGGUGUCCUGGAUAGAUGUGUAUACCCGUGCCACCUGCCAGCCGCGGGAGGUGGUGGUGCCCCUGACCGUGGAGCUCAUGGGCACCGUGGCCAAGCAACUGGUGCCCAGCUGUGUGACCGUGCAGCGCUGCGGCGGCUGCUGCCCUGACGAUGGCCUGGAGUGCGUGCCCACUGGGCAGCACCAAGUCCGAAUGCAGAUCCUCAUGAUCCGUUACCCGAGCAGUCAGCUGGGUGAGAUGUCCCUGGAAGAACACAGCCAAUGUGAAUGCAGACCAAAAAAGAGAGAGAGUGCUCUGAAGCCAGACAGGGCUUCCACUCCCCACCACCGCCCCCAGCCCCGCUCCAUUCCGGGCUGGGACUCUGCCCCCGGAGCACCCUCCCCAGCUGACAUCACCCAUCCCACUCCAGCCCCAGGCCCCACUGCCCACGCUGCACCCAGCGCCGCCAGCGCCCUGACCCCAGGACCUGCCGCUGUCGCUGCCGACGCCGCAGCUUCCUCCGUUGCCAAGGGCGGGGCCUAGAGCUCAACCCAGACACCUGCAGGUGCCGAAAGCUGCGAAGGUGACACGUUGCUUUUCAGACUCAGCCACUUGCCCUCACCAGCCAGCCGCCCUCCCAGAGGGGGACAAGAGGGCAGUAUGUUGAGAAGAGCCCAGUCGCAAGAUCACCGUGUGGGCAGAAGCUGCUCCAGGCCCUGGGCCUCUCAGAGGACUUCCCAGCUGUCCCAGGUCUCUCCAAGGCUGCCAUCCAACAGGGUGGACAGCUGGGCAAGGAGAGGUGCAGGCAGCACUGGGGGUCCCGGACUAACUCGAGAGAGAAGGGGUCCCGUCUCAGUGUGCGACCACCAUGUACGAGUGAGCAUCUUAACAGCUGGCUCCGUCCCCUCCCUAAGAAGACACCGAUCCUCCGCACAUACUGGGAAUUGGGCUUCAGUGUGAGAACUGUGACCCCCAAGCCUGAUAAAAGAGAUGGAAGGAGCUA